GGUCCUCAAGAAAAGAUCGUUCCAAUUUCGUAUAAAAGCUUUCUCGGACAAUGGCGGGAAAGAAACCCUAGAUUGAUAAACACAUUGCAAAUUACUGAGAUCGAGGUUGAGAUUUGAGAAGAAUAGCCACGACUAUGGCGACGGCCACGACAGCAACGGUGGUGGAGAAAGUUGUUGCAGAUGCGGAGGAGCUGCCGAAGGCGAUAGUGAAGAGACUAGUAAAGGAUAAACUGUCUCAAUUAUCUCAAGACGGGGGUGAAAUUCAAGUCUUAAAGGAUUCUCUCUUAGCCUUCUCCGAAAGCUCUCGAAUUUUCAUCCAUUACCUUUCCGCUACGGCAAAUGACAUAUGCAAGGAAUCCAAGAGGCAAACAAUCAGUGCUGAAGAUGUAUUCAAGGCUCUUGAAGAGAUAGAGUUUCCAGAGUUCAUUGCAUCUCUAAGAACCUCCCUUGAAGAAUUCAAGCAGAAGAAUGCGAAAAGGAAGUCAGACACAUCAAAGUCAAAGGAAGCCAAAAAGACUAAAACAGAAGAGUCUCCAAUGGAGAAUGGAAAAGCAGAGGAAACUGAAGCUGAAGAUGUGAAUGUUGUUGUCAAUGGGGAGUGAGUGUUUAUUUCAUUUGGUUUCUUCUGGAUAUGGGCUUUUGAAUGAAGAAGUUUAGUGUGGAACUUUUCUCUUGUAUUCCUCUAGGCAAUUUUCUGAUGCAAAUAUGAAAUGUUUGGAUUAUCAAAGUUUGGUCUGAAACUAGAAAAUAUUUCAGAUUUCGAUUUGAAGAAAAGUUAUUUAUGAAAGUAUUGAAUUGAAAGUUA